AACACUCAACGAUUGAAAAUGGUGGUAUUAACACCUUGAUGGAUCACAAUACAUUUUCUUGGACACACGCAACAAGAACAACAACCAUGGCUUCUACCAUGUAUUACAGUUCUCUUAACCCAUCCACACCAGCUUUCUCAAGAACCCGUUUCUCAGUUCCCGUGAACAAAGGGCUUCCACUUGAUGCUUCACCUUUUGUUGGCUAUAACUGUGGCCUGGGAUGCAGAACAAGGAAGCAGAGGAAGAAAGUGAUGCAUGUGAAAGGUGCAGUGGUAGAGGAUCCUCCUGCUGUUUCACCCUCAUCACAAGGUGGGAAUAGAACCCCUUUGAAGAAGCAGCUUCGGAUACUUGUGGCUGGUGGAGGGAUUGGAGGGUUGGUUUUUGCUUUGGCUGCAAAGAGAAAAGGGUUUGAGGUAGUGGUGUUUGAGAAGGAUUUGAGUGCUGUAAGAGGAGAGGGACAAUACAGGGGUCCAAUUCAGAUUAUGAGCAAUGCUUUGGCUUCUUUGGAAGCUAUAGAUUUAGAGGUUGCUGAGGAAGUUAUGAGAGCUGGUUGUAUCACGGGUAAUAGAAUCAAUGGACUUGUAGAUGGGGUUUCUGGUUCUUGGUUUGUCAAGCUCGAUACAUUCACACCUGCAGUGGAACGUGGACUUCCAGUCACGAGAAUUAUUAGUCGAAUAGUUUUACAAGAGAUUCUAGCUCGCGCAGUUGGGGAAGAUGUCAUUAAGAAUGCCAGUAAUGUUGUUAAUUUUGUGGACGAUGGAAACAAGGUAACAGUAGAGCUUGAGAAUGGUCAGAAAUUUGAAGGAGAUAUGUUGGUUGGAGCAGAUGGUAUAUGGUCCAAGGUGAGGAAGCAGUUAUUCGGGCCCUCGGAAGCUGUUUACUCUGGCUAUACUUGUUAUACUGGCAUUGUAGAUUUUGUGCCUGCUGACAUUGAAACUGUUGGAUACCGAGUAUUCUUGGGACACAAGCAAUACUUCGUGGCUACAGAUGUUGGCGCUGGAAAGAUGCAAUGGUAUGCAUUUCACAAAGAACCUCCUGGUGGUGUUGAUGACCCCAAUGGAAAAAAGGAAAGACUACUUAAUAUAUUUGAAGAUUGGUGUGAUAAUGUUGUAGAUUUGAUACUUGACACAAAAGAAGAAGCAAUUCUACGAAGAGACAUAUAUGACAGGAUACCAACAUUGACGUGGGGAAAGGGUCGUGUGACUUUGCUUGGAGAUUCCAUCCAUGCCAUGCAGCCAAAUAUGGGACAAGGAGGAUGCAUGGCUAUUGAGGAUAGUUAUCAACUUGCAUGGGAGUUGUCCAAUGCAUGGGAACGAAGUAUUAAAUCAAGGAGUCCAAUUGACAUCGAUUCUUCCUUAAGGAGCUACGAGAGAGAAAGAAGACUACGGGUUGCCAUUAUUCACGGAAUGGCCAGAAUGGCUGCAUUUAUGGCUUCAAUUUACAAGAGAUAUCUAUAUGUUGGUCUUGGCCCUUUAGAGUUUUUGACUAAGUUUCGGAUACCACAUCCGGGAAUAUUUGGAGGAAGGUGUUUUGUUGACACAAUGAUGUCUUUUUUGUUGAAUUGGGUCAUAGCUGGAAAUAGUUCCAAACUUGAGGGUAGACCACUAAGUUGCAGGCUAACAGAUAAAGCAAAUGACCAGUUACAUAGAUGGUUUAAAAAUGAUGAAGCACUUGAACGUGCCAUAAAUGGAGAGUGGAUUUUGUUACCACGUGGAGAUGGAACAAAAUUUUCAAAGCCUAUAACUUUAAGUCGAAAUGAUGCAAAAUCAUUCAUAAUUGGGAGUGAACCACUACAAGAUCAUCAAAGCAAUUCCAUUAUAAUACCUUCACCCCAGGUUUCUCCCAAGCAUGCUCGAAUUAAUUAUAAGGAUGGUGCCUUUUUCUUAACUGAUUUGCGAAGUGAACAUGGCACUUGGAUCAUUAACAAUGAAGGAAAGCAGUAUCGAGUACCUUAUGAUUAUCCUACUCGCAUUCGUCCAUCUGAUGUUAUUCAAUUUGGUUCUAAGAAGGUUUCAUUUCGUGUUAAGGUGACAAGAUCUGUUCCAAGAGUCUUAAAGAAGGAAAGUGCAUAAACUUUGUAGGAAGUAUGAUUGAUUUUAUCUAGUUACAAUUUGUAAGUUAUGGAAAAGUUAUACAACUUAAAAUGAAAGUAGCAGAGUACUAUAAGGUGAAGAUAAUAUAAUUGAAGGUUUAAUAGUAUAAGGUGAAGAUAAUAUAAUUGAAGGUUUAAUAGUAAAGUUUCUAAUCAUGGACAUGAGUUAGGGGCAUACAUAUCGAGAUAAAUUAAUUUAAAAUUAUUUACAAAGUACUACAUAACAUAGUUCAAUUCUAUGAUAUAAAAAACUCACGACGGGGAGUUUAA